AUGGAGCCCAAGGCCUUGUCUUCCGCAGACUCCCCAAAUACCAUGCUCUUGAUGAGCAGGGCCGCAGGCUUAGACAGCAAUGUCUACCAUGAACUGUUGCCCAUGCUAACAGAAAUGAAGCUCUUUGUAUCUCCAAAUGCACCCCUAACUGUAGGAGGCAGGCCCUUGGAGUCAGCAAAGAACACACCCAGACACCAAAUUCUCAGCCCAAAGGAGAUUUAUUACCUCGGAGGGGCAAAGGUGAAGGGGGAGGCGGGUCCAGACUACAUAAAAGACCAUUCGCUUAAAGUUCACCAGCAUACCGCCUAUAUAGGAGAAAAGCGUCCAGUACGAGAGAAAACUGGAGACCUCAGAUAUUUAUGCAGAUCUGCCCCAAACCGAAGCCUGCCAGCAAAAUAUAAACACCAGUACGUAUGUGGCAUUGGAUGGGGGAUACCAGAGUUCGCCUGCAUCAACAAAUCAAGAUGGAAGAGUGGCUUUCAAGCCAAGCUUGAAGACGUAGCUGUUCUUGCGAUUGGAAAGAUAAGCCAUCGUUAUCAAAACCCAUGGCAACCAAAGCCUUCAGUCCUGGACAAGCUAGGAGGAUACAGUCGUGGUUUUCUUGCCUGGAAUAUGAGUGAUUUUGAAGACGCCCAACAGAGAAACUCCAAGAGGGCUAUUCUUGUUAAACAGAGUAAAUCACCAGGGACUACUUUGACCCCCAGGCUGCCAAAGCUGUCAUGGAAGGAAGAGAAGGCUGACUCCCGGGAAGGCAAUGAUUGA